AUGCAAGCAAUUCAAACUCUUCUUGCACAUUCAUCUGGUUACACAGAUGUGUGUUACACUACAGAUGGAAGUUCAAUCUUAACGUCCGGAAUAGAUGGUGAUGUUCGAAUAUGGACAUCAAUGAACGAAGAUGAUAAAAAAGAUUUACGAAUUGCUGACGAAUGUCAUGCUGUAGCAUUUUGUAAUGAUAAGGUGUAUAUCGGUACCUCUCGUUAUGAAAUAGAAGUUCGUUUAUAUCCUGAUGGUGAACUAGAACCAACGAUUGCACAUUUCACUCAACCUGUUACAUGCUUACAAAUUGAGCAAAAUACAAUUUAUGCUGGAACAAGAGAUUUUAAAGUAUGUUCAAUUGAUUUAAAUGACAAUCGUCUUAAAUAUUUUGAUGGUCAUCAAGCACCUAUUCUAUCUGUACAACCACAUUUAACCAAAUAUUACUUAGCUACAUCGUGUUGUGAUGGUUUUGUACGUAUAUUUAAUAUGAACGAUCAAACAAUUAUUAAACAAUUUGAUUUAAUUAAAAAAUCAAAUGAUAUCGAUUCAACUUUAGCAAGAAUGGAUUGGGAUCGAUCCACUGAUAUAUUAGCCAUACCAGUACAAAAUAGUGUGACAUUUUAUGAUACAACAACAUGGACAAUCAAACAAAAAUUCAAAGAUGAUACAAUCACAGAUUUUGUUAAUCUUGUUCGUUAUUCAUCUUCUUCAAAAUAUUUGGCUGUUGGCUAUGUUAAUGGACAAAUAUCAAUUUUAGAAAAACAAACAUUAAAAAUAAUUAUUACCUAUACAACUGGCAAAAAGAAGGCGAUUUGUUCCCUUGCCUGGAAUCCAAACAAUGAUGAUUCAUUUACAUUUGCAACUAUUCAAGUAGGCGACUUUGGUAUUGUUGAUAUAUCCGAUUCUAUACUAGAACAACAGAUGUCUUCUAUUGAACAACAACCAAAAUCAGUAUUAAAAAAGAAAAUAGACAAUGAAGACGACACACUUGAAAAAAGUGAAAUACCAAUAAUUGAUCUGGAAGAAAAUGAGGAAGAAGACGAGAUUCUUGGAUUCGUUGAUGAUAUUAGUUCUUCACCUAAAGCGGUAACAUCUGUAAAACCACCAACAGUCGUUCAAGAAAUAAUUCAUCAUGGUUAUGAACCGCCAGAAUUACAAGAAUCGUUUCAACCGACGUCAACCUCCAAAUAUCUCGAUACAAGAUUUAUGAUUUGGAAUAGUGUGGGUGCAAUAACGUGUUAUUCAUGUGAUGAUCAAAAUUCAAUUCAAGUAACAUUUCAUGAUGUUACAUUUCAUCAUGCUAUUCAUAUAAAUAACACAAUUGGCUAUAAAAUGGCCUCACUUUCCAAUCAAGCGGUUUUACUAGCAACUUCAAAACAGUUUAUGUGUCUUCUCUAUCAAUCGUGGGAUACACAGAAUGAAUGGACAAUGCAAAUUACAAAUGGUCAAAUUGAAGCAAUAACUCUAGGUGAUCAACUUAUAGCUAUUGUUACAAGUCAACGUUUAAUACGAUUUUUUACUCUAUCCGGUAUACAACAGCAAAUCGUUUGUAUACAAGGACCAAUAUUAUCGAUAUGUGCACAUAAACACACAUUCUGGGCUAUAUAUCACUCGACCAUGGGUUUACCAAAAGAGACCGCUCUUUCUUAUAUUUAUUUAGAUACAAAGAAAAAUAUUUAUCUAGAAGGUUCAUUACCAUUCACACCAAAAAGUAAAUUAACGUGGAUUGGUUUUUCUGAUCAAGGUAACUGUUUUUAUUUGGAUAAAAUUGGUGAAUUAAGGUUGUUGAAGCGUACGAAAACGCUAAAUAUGCAACCAAUUUAUAUUAUGAAUAUUAAACAAGAAGGUGAAAAACAUGGUGUGUCUUACUGGUUAAUUGGUAUAGAUGAAUCAAAUGGUGGUUUUCUUCGGACAAUUUCAUUACGUGGUCAAUCAUAUCCAGAUCUUGUUCCAUGGCCAAUUGUUUCUAUGGUCCCAAUACAAUUUGGACUAUGUGAAUUAGAUAUUGAUAAAACAAAAUUAGAGAGUGAUUAUUUGAAAAUAAAUCUACUUGGCAAUAAACAAGACGAAGAUUUUAUAUUUAAUGAACGACAAUGUUUAAUGAAAAUGUUUGGAGUACCAUGUAAAUCGAAUCGUGAUUAUCGUGCCUAUGAAUUAUGUACAUUAAUGGAUAUUUGUACAAUUGAAUUAGCAAUUAAAUAUGCCAGUCGUUCAGGAAAAAUGUCAUUGGCACACCGUAUUAAUCAAUUAUUAGAAGAAAAAAAUAAUGAAAUGACAAUAGCAACAUCAACAAUUUUAGAUGAAGAUGAUUCACCAUCAAUGACAAUUAAUGAUGCAAUAAAUGAUAAAGACGACAAUGACAAUGUUGAAUUUGUUGAAGAGGCAUCAAUCCAGAUAAAUGAGGAAGUCGUAUCACGGCCUAACCAAGAUUAUUCUCCACCACCUCCAAACAGUACACGUUUUUCAUCUGCAUCCAUCGUUGAUUAUAAUCAAUCAUUCAAAAAUCCAUUCAAAAAAAAUUCGGUUAGUCGAAGUUCAAAUGGAACAUCAACAUUAGAUACCCUUGGAACAUUGAAUAAAACGAAGACAAAUGAUUUGAAUAAAUAUAAGCCAACACUCAAACGACAACGACAAUCAAAAACAAUUGUACCAAAAGAACCCUCCGAUUCUGUUAGUAUCAGUAGUUCAACAAAUGGUAUGGAUCGUUUUUUGAGUAAACCAGAUGUAACAACACCAACAAAUGACGAGAACAACGAUUUAACAUUGAAUAAGUCAACAAAACAGACAAAAAGUGGGUUUGAUCUAUGGUAUUCAUUAAAUGAAUCACAAAUUAAAUCUCAGUAUCAAGAUUUAUCAAAAACAGAAUUAUCAAUGUUGGCUAUAAAACAAUUUAAACUUUUAAGCAAGGAUGAACAAAAAAUUUGGAUAGAUAAAGCGAAUGAAUCGAAUGGUAGUAUCCAAGCAUCAAAACGAAAAAAUGAAGAUGAUGAUGAUUUAAACGAUGGUUCAACAACUAAUACAAAACGUUCAUCAAAACUUAGUCAGUUCGCAUUUAAUCGUUAG